AUGGCUGCUACUAUGUCUUCUUCAGAAGCACAGGUUCUUCACAGUCCUCCCAGUCCUACCGUAAAACGCCCUAAAGGCAUUCUCAAAAACUCCUUCCACCGCUCUCCUCCCUUCCAAGCCCCCAUAACCACCUCCGCCCCUCCCAUCACCUCACCCAAACACGUCGCCGUCCCCAGCACCCCCCCCACCUCGGCCAUCUCCGACCACGACGUCACACUCCAAAACACACUCCAAAACGCCGGACACCGUCGCUCCUCUUCCGCCAGCCGUCCGAUCCGUCGUGCUUCCUCCGGAUCCACAUACAACAACCAUGACGAUUCGAAUAACAUGCGUCUGCAAUGGGACGAAGCGAAUCUGUAUCUAACCGAGCAGGAAAAGAGCUCCACGAUGAAGAUCAACGAGCCGAAAACACCGUAUGCGAAACACUACGAUCCGGCUGAGGAUGCGGAUGAGAUCCGCACGAUUGAUGCGGGGGAGAUUGUGGUGGAUGAGCUGGACAAGGUGCAGGGGGGACACAAGCGGAAUCAGCAACGGGAUGAGGAAAUCCCGGGAUUGAGUUUGGGGGAACCGGAAGAGGCGGUUCCGGAGAGGGAAGUGGAGAUGGGAGAGGGAGAGGAGAAGAAGGUUCACGUGGCGGGGAAUGGCAGAGAUGCGGAUGCGGAAAUGGGGGGCAUGACGGAGGAGGAGAGGGAGAAACAUGAGAAGUUUGAGGCGAUGAGGAGGAAACAUUAUGAUAUGGCGAAUGUGGCGGGGCUUUUGGGUCAUCCGGAGGAGGUGGAUGGGGAGGAGGAUGAGGAGAUGAGAUGA